UACAUGUGGAUUCUAAACGGUGAAAGAGAAGGAACAGCAUAAAAAUACUCAAAUUUUAUUGGUUUGAAAGUUUAUGGCAUGCUUGGAAAUGUUCAACGGUGAGCAACAAAGCUUUUACUUUUCCUCCAUGGACCCAAGAAUUUCCUUCUCCAAUGAUUUUGCUGAUGCAAAAAAAGCUAACAAGUAUGAAAGCAGUUAUAGAGAAGCACCAGUUUCCACAGAUUUCGAGUUCUCGAUGAAAAACCACUCCAUGAUUCCUGCAGAUGAAAUCUUCUUCGAGGGUACAAUGCUGCCUUUGAAGGAUAACAGCACCAACCAACAGCGAAAAAUGACCUUACGAGAUGAGUUACUUGUCGAUGAUGAGUACGAUAAUGCGUUCCCAGCACCAAAGAUUUCAGGCUGGUGGAAGGAAAAACUGGGCUUAAAGAGGGGUCACAUUGCACCUAAGAAGAGCGAUAGGGUCGCUGGGGUUUUGGAUAGAGUAGUUGAAGAGAGGCCUAUUUUUGUUCAUGAAGAGGGACUCGCUAACAAGAGAACACAGGAAGUGUUGGUUGAAGGAGGGUUAAGUUGUAAAGAUGGUGCAGUGAAAUGUUAUCCAAAGUGAAAGAGAGGCAAAUCCUGGGAUGUGAGGGAGAGAGACAUGGCCAUUUUUUCGAAGGAGGGAAAUUUCAUUUAUCUCUUCUGUGCACUGUGAGACUGCAACAGAGCUGAGAUUUUGUCUAACUUAUUCUUCUUCUUCUUCUGGUUAUUUUUUGUGGCUUUACUUUUUUUGUUUGACUCUAAACAGCAGUCUCUCUCCUUCAUACUUCCCCUUUUAGUAAAACCCUCCCCUGUGCUCCCCAUGGAACGAGUAGUAUUUUGCUGUUUUGGUGUGUACAAAUGUUUGCUGUUGAAUAACUUCCACUAAAUCAAGUAGUAUUGGUUAAUUCAAUCUGUCGUGUUAUGAUCUUUAUUUCUUAA